AUCGACGCAGACCAGUAUGUGGUUUGAAGUACGUUUUGGUGUGACGAGAAUUUGGAAAGAAGUCAACAUUACCAGCUAAAUCAAAUAAAUAUAAAGAAUAAAUAAAUAUUUAAUUGACCGGCUGUGUAUUUCCGUACGUAAGCCAUUAUGCUUCCACUGUCUCUACUGAAAACAGCACAGAACCACCCUAUGCUGGUGGAGCUGAAGAAUGGGGAGACGUACAACGGUCAUCUGGUCAGCUGUGACAACUGGAUGAACAUUAAUUUAAGAGAAGUCAUCUGUACCUCCAGGGAUGGAGAUAAGUUCUGGAGGAUGCCCGAAUGCUACAUCCGAGGAAGCACCAUCAAAUACCUGCGGAUCCCUGACGAAAUCAUCGACAUGGUGAAAGAGGAAGUUGUGUCCAAGGGCCGUGGCCGGGGUGGCAUGCAGCAAAAUAAACAGCAGGGAAAAGGCAGAGGAGGCGGAGCCGGCCGGGGUGUGUUUGGUGGCAGGGGAAGAGGGAACACAGGUGCUGGCCGUGGACAGCCACAAGACAAAAAGCCUGGAAAACCACAGGGCGUCAAAAACCAGCACUGAAGACAAACACCAUACCUCCUUUAUUAUUUUUCUUUCGUCAUUUUCUGCUUCUCACCAGAUUUAUAACAUGACACGUAAUGUAAUCCCAACCCACUGACAAAUUCUAAAGGGACAUUUCCUUUUUUGGUACAGAUUGCUAUUAAGCAUACACUUGUUCUAUGUAGUAAAUUAUCAUUCUGUUUAUAAAAAAAAGAAAGAAAAAAAUACAUGAUCCUUUUUCAAUUUCAUAAUUGAUCAAAAUAUUCUGAUCAUUAAAAGAUAUCAUGAGGUUUGAGUUGUUAAACAUUUCAUUCAUAAAAUGGCAUCUGUUUUAUCUCAAUGGUAAAAUGAUCUUUUUUUUCCUUUAGUCCUUAUUUUUUUCUGGUUUUGCUGCCUGAUUUAUUUUUAGUGCUGUAAAUGAUAUGCAGUAGCCUUAAUAAAUACUUUUUUGUUAA